CAGGUCGUCUGAUUUGAUUGACCCGGUACGAUUUAACCUACUAUAUACCCACCACAUCACAUUGUUGGACCAAGUUUCUGGCCGCGUGUGGGGUGGGGAGAGAUUUGUUGUGUUGUCCUGUAAGAUACACGCCGUUGUCCAUACAUUCAUGCUUUGAAGUACAACGGCGCUAAAGCAGGUUCCCCCAUUUGAUUGGGUUGGCUUUUGUAGAUUCCAAUCCAUGUUCGACCUUCUCCUCCCCUGACUAAUGAUUCCUCUCUUUCUUUCUUUUCUUUAUCUUCAUCAUUGAAAUCCGUUUGAUCACCUGUUCUUUCCAUUUCUCUGGUGGUCCUAUUUCUUUGCGUCCCCGAGUCUCUCCUUCAGUUUUUUGUACUCCAUUCUUCUUCUUCUCACCACCCCCGUGCCCCUUUUUCCCAUCUCUUUGUGUGUUGGUCACUUCUCCCAUCCCCAACAAAAAAAAAAAAAAGUGAUUGAUUCCCCGCCUCACGCCACAAUUACACAAAGUGUCACCUCUUCUUUCAUUAUUCAUCAAUUGGUUCUGGAGCUAAUUGAUUUCCUUUUAUCCCAUUCCUCAAUCAUACAUGGGGAUUUAACUAGCAAAUUUGAUCAAUUCAUGCUCCUAGCUAGUUCUUCACGAUGAACGAACCAUUUGUCGCGACUAAAAACCCAGGGCCCCCGAAGGCUGGCCCUUCGCUCCUGGCCUGUCUCCUUUGCCGGCAUAAGCAUCUUAAAUGUGACGGGAUCACUCCUGUGUGUGGCCGCUGUGCGGCCACCGGAUCAGAGUGCCAAUAUACUCCUUCGCGGCGCGGGUACAAAGGUCCGUCAAAGAAACGGCGUGCCAACCCGUCCCUCGAUGAAACGGCCGACGAUCUGGCGGCCUCCUUCGACCCCCAGUCGGUUGGCUUGGUCAACAUUCCCGCCGACUGGAAUAGCCUGCAGAACGGUUUCCAGUACAUGCCAACCGCCACCUUGACGACCCCAUCCUCGGGAAGCCCCGGUUUGACCGAGAAGUCCAGCACCUCGCAACCCGUCCCAUUACACAACGAGCCGCUUACUCCGGACUCCUCGUCCGCCGUCCCCGGUGAUGGCUAUUUAAUCGAUAUUUACUACACAUAUUUCCACCCGUCGCAUCCGAUUUUACCUCCCCUUCGUUAUCUGUAUCGCUCCUACGUACCACCCUACCUCGACCAUGUCAUCAAGUUUAUCGGAUCACACUUUACCCCGGCCGCCUCUAGCGAAAAUUACCGACCCAACGUAAUGUCGUCCGUCAUGGAGCAGGAAUCCUGUAUAGAGAAGCUUCAGGCGCUUCUGCUCCUGGCCAUUGUACUUCAUUCGCGCAACGAGCGUCCCGAGGCUGGAGACUGUCUUGCCACAGCUGUGAAUAUAGCCUUUGAAUUGGGUCUAAACAAUCAUAGCUACGCAACGACGAUGAGCGAGGGUGACCCGGUGCGAGAGGAGAGCCUGAGGCGCACGUGGUGGGAACUGUAUAUCAUCGAGAACAUGCUGACUGCACUUGGACUCCAGCGAACUGCUCGCACUGGGCUGGUGGUGCCUGAGGUCGGGCUUCCUUGUGAGGAGCGUAUAUAUCAGGAUGGAUUGGCGCCACCACCUGCCCCGACGAUUGCACAGUUCGAUGAGCGUGUAUUCGCCGAUGAGGAGAGAGAUUUCUCCUCCUUUACUUACCGUAUUGAAGCGGCUCGUAUCCUUUCGCGGGUGGUGUCAAUCCAAGACCUGGUGGAAGGCCAGCAGGACCAUGUGGAGGCCAUCGACGCGCGGAUCACCAGUUGGUUCCACCACCUGCCGGAAUCCAAAUCCGAAUUGUUGCGUUCGGAUGGCUCGGUAGAUGAGAUGAUGUUUCAGGCGACCAUGGUCGUCAACGGUGCGGCGAUCUACCUUCACUUCCCAAGAUCCGAUCUGCUGUCGUCGCCGGCGAUGGCUGCGGAAGUCAUCUGUGGCCAUCAUGGCCCGUGCAGCAUCCCUGCGUUCUCGCAUCAUGCACACGCGAUGAAGGCCGUGAAAGCGGCCAGUGAAAUUUCUUCGCUGGCAUCUAUUCGCAUGCCAGUCGUGAAACAUACCCCUUUCUUUAUCUGUGCUCUAGUAAUGAGUUCUAUUGUGCAGCUGGCUGCCUGCUCCGUGAAAGCCGGACAAAUGCCCGAUCCAAGUCGAGACCGACUCACGCUCACCAUUGGGGUCUUCAAAUCUCUUGGCCGUACGUGGGCCAUCUCCCAGGCCAUUGUUCGCCAGAUCAAGGCUGUCGCGCGCGAUGUGAUGGAUCUUGGCUUGCGACCAACCAUGGACCAUAUCGACUUGAAUAGCGUCCUUGACAGCGGUCGAUUCUGGAUGCCAGAAUCCCUUGCGCGGUAAAGAGCUUCAGUAAUUUGGAUUUACUCUCAAACUUGGAACCUCACCCCUGUUGAUAUCAUCUGACGGUAUGACUAUGG